UUUCUGCUGAAGCUAGCGAUUUCCAGCGUUUCCUCCCGACGGAGAUCGCCGACGAUGGAAUCCGACAAGUCCAAGGCCGUGAUCGGCGUCGUGCGGGCGUCGCGGCCUUUGUUCCGGAGCCGCCACGACGGCCUCGCCUUCGCCGUCCACGCGUCGUUCCUCGCCUCCGGCCACUCGCUCGCCGCCACCGGCCCCGCCGCGUACGCCGCCGACGCCCUCUCCUCUCCCUUCGCAGGGGAGGUUGGGAUCGAGGGCUGGAACGAGGCCGACGACGAGUACGCGUUCGUGUACGUGAGCCCCGAGGACUCGAAGAAAGUGUUGGUGAAGUGCCUUGCGAUGGACGACAAGCUGGUCGUGGAUGCUUUGAAAGACGGGGCUGCCGAACCUGUUCAUCUCGAGAUUGACGUUGAUGAGUUCAUCGGGGAGGAUGGAGCCGCGAGUUACUCUGGUCAGUUCAAAAAUCUGGAUAAGUUGGUGAAGAGUUUGGAUACGGAGAUAUUGUCAAAAUUGAAUGGCUCAUCGGCGCCUAGUUCGUCGACGAAUGCUGUCGGAAGAGAAAAUAGUGAAGGAUCAAGACAACCUAUCAGUGAACCUGGUAUUGCAGCUCGUGAACCUUGGGGUCCACAAGUUCAUCCUUCAGGAGUUGUAAUUCCUCCUGUUUAUCCUCUUGGUGGCAACGACCUUUUUCCUGGGCCUGGGGCUGGAAUGUACCCAACCAGGGGUGGUUAUGGUAGCAGUGGGAGUAUGCUUUUAGGACCUAGUGAUCCCAGUUGGUUUGGUGGAGACGCUGGACGUCCUGGUUUUCCUGGAGCCCAACCGGGUGUUCCUCCAGGUGCUCGUUUUGAUCCAUAUGGUCCACCUGGUGUGCCUGGUUUCGAGCCAGGUCGAUUUGUCAGAAACCCAAGGAGACCUGGUAGCGGGACACACCCAGACUUGGAGCACUUCCGGGACGGUUCGGAUUUCAUCUGAUUCCAACUGUUUGUAGAUUCUUGCCCUUUUCUACUCGACGAUAAGAGAAUCUACGGGGAAGAGAGACGGCAAGAGUAAAAUGCCGCUGCUCAGAAAAAUUGUCCUUUUUGGCCCCUUACUUUGCCCUUAUAAUCUGCUUUUUUGUCUGCGUGAGUCGAAUGGUUCUGUAUAUUGCUAUGAUAUAAGUUCUUGGUUGUGAUAGUAAUGGUUUAAUAUUUUAAAAUUUUUAAAA